AUGGCCUGCGCUACGCGGCCCUGCCUCCGCCGCGAAAGUGGUGCCUCGAUCGAGGGCUCCAUCGUACUGAUCACCGGCGCGAACCGCGGAAUCGGCAAAGCACUCGUGGACGCGUUCCUCAAGCAUGGAGCGAAGAAGAUUUAUGCCGCCGUGCGAGACAUUACACGCUACCGCGCCUUCUCAAACGAAGAAAACGACGAGACGAUCAUCCCAGUGUAUAUCGAUCUGUCGAAACCGGACUCGAUCGCGGCGGCAGCUGAGCUUUCUCAGGACGUGACAAUUGUGAUCAACAACGCGGGCGUCCUGUCGAAGACCUCCGCGCUCGACGGGAACGCCGUCGAGGCGCUGAAGAGCGACAUGGACGUGAACGUCUACGGUCUGAUGGCCAUGGCGCAGGCCUACGCACCGAUCCUGAAGACGAACGUCGCGCGCGGAUCGAAAACUGCCUUCGUCCAGCUCAACUCGGUGGCGUCCUUCGGCCCGGCCUUCCGGUGCUCCGGAAAGGAUUUCGCGACGUAUUCCGCGACCAAGGCGGCCGCCUACUCGAUCACGCGGGCGUUGGCCCAAGAACUCGCGCCGCACGACGUGCGCGUCCUGUCGGUCCACCCGGGACCGGUCCGCACGGAGAUGUUGCCGGAGCGGCUCCACGCGCUAGCCGAGGCGCCGUCCGCCGUCGCGGAGGAAGUGAUCCGGGCGCUGGCGGACGGGACGCCCCUGCACGUCUUCCCCGACCCCCACUCCAAGCAGCUCGCGACGAUCAUGCGGCCGUUCCUCACCAAGGUCGUCGAGGGCGGCGACGUCUACAACCAGGGUAAGUAG